AUGAAAUUACCAAGUAUUAAUAAACCUACAUCAGCAUAAUCAUCAAAUAGAUAAUUACCACCAAGAUAAAAUAAUAAUGCAAUAAGUAAUUUAGAAAAGAAUUUAUUUAAUAAACUAAAUGAAUAUGAUGAUAUUAAUAAAAUUGAUACUAAAAAAGCAUAAAUUAAUGAAGUUAAAUCUAAUAAGAAAAUUAACAAUUCUAAUGAUGAAAUAGAUUCUAUAGCAAAAAGAGCUAAUACAUUAAAAAAUUAUAGUCAAACAGAAAAGAUUAAAGAUUUGAAAUCAAUUUAAUAAAAAUAACAAUAAAAAGACACUGUGUUUAUUACUCAUAAUUAAUAAGCAAAAUCAGAAGAAUCAAAUAAUGAUUAGGAUGAUAGUAAUAGUGAUAGUAGUAUUGAAGAUUUAUUAUAGAGGAGUAAAGUAUUGGAUAAAUAAAAAAAAGUUAUGUUAAAUUUUGAAGAUGAUAGUGAAGUUGGUUAAUUAAAUAAAAUGUUAUUUUAAAGUAAGAUUUUUUAAAUGUAUUAUGAUAGCUGAUAUUGAUUUAGAUGAAUAGUUUUAAAGUAUGUGUAUUUUAAAAAAAACUAUAUCAUAGAUGUAAGACUCAAUGAAAUCUAUGGGAUAUGGGAUUAAUGAGAAAUUGAUGGAUGAGUUGAAUUAAUAAUAUGAAGAAAUGAUAAAGCUGCAAAGGGAAUCCUAAGUAGCUAAGUGAAAUUAAUUAGGCAAUUGAAGAAUAUUAAAUGAAAGAGAGCAAUACAAAAAAUAAAAUGCCUGCUUUACGUUCAAAUAGUGUUAAUUAAUCAAAAAAAUAGAAAAAAU